CGUUCUCUUCUCUGAUUAUUAGGGUUCCGCUACUCUGAUUUCAGAGAACUUAUGAAGUCUCAAAUCAGUAAUCUCUUUGAGAUUAAGGUCGAACGAUUUACUGGUUUCAGAGAUCUCAAGUCCCAAAUCAACCCCUAAUCUCAAAUCCGAGAACUGACCUAGCAUCGCCGUUCUCCACCAUGAUUCGAUCUAUUAAUGGAAGUAAACUCAAUCCACCAUGAUUCGAUCUCAGCUGUUGGAUUAUAUUUUUGGAUCUAUAACCAUCUUCUUCGAUCUAUACAUAUUUUCUUUCUCCCAUCUCACUGUGAACCAUUUUCUUCUUUAGUCUUUUACCGUAAAUUCUCAUUGCUUUUGUUUUUUUUUCUAUGUGCAGGUGGAGAUUAAUAGGUUAAGUGAAGAUCUAAUUCGAUUGAAGAUCAGGUUGCCAUCACUAAACCUUGAAAUUGUAAGAGCUCUAGCCAGAGAUAUCGGCUGUUGAUAUGUGGUUCAAUGGCUACAUCGACUUGGAUGCAUACGAUACACUGGAAAUGAAGCUUAAAGGAGAAGGGAGAUGAUAUAUAUUUGUCGGAAAGGAUCUUGCGUCAGUGUCCACUAUGCUCCCCACUAACAAUAACGAAGAUUUGACUGCAUCAACAACUACUCUAGUCCCAGUAAACAACAGUGGGAAUUUGGAAGAAAGGCUUGCACCGACUUCCAAUAGGGUCUCCACAAAUAACAAAGUGAAUUUGAGGAAAGGGCCUGCAGUGACUUCCACUAGGAUCCCCAUAAGCAACAAGGAAAAUUUGGUAUUUGAAGGGAAAGGGCCUCCAUCGACUUCUAUCAGGGUCCAGAUAAAGAACAAUGAAAGUUUGGGAAACUCUCCUGCAUCAUCUUCUGACAGAGCCAAUUUAAACAACUACGAACCUUCGUGAUUGUUGGGGAAAUUGCUAACUUUGUGACUUAUAUAUGCAUUUGGCCCAACUAUUGUGGUAACCCCUCUUGGUGCACUUAGCAUUAUUAUCAGGCACGAAACAAGUUCAUUUCCCGAGUUGUGUCAUAUUCCCUUGCACUGCUGCACUUGCAAAACAUAGAGUCUCUUAUUUUUUGUUCAGCAAUUUUUUUCUUUUUGAAUUUGUUGUAAACUUCAUUGCUUAGGUAGUUUGGGUUCUAAAGCAGGGUUGAUUUGAUUUUGUUGGAUUAAUUUGAUUUUCAAAUGAG